CUGCUCCUUCCUCUGCACUCAACCAUCACAUUGAUUUCCAUUUCUUUUCGGAUAGUGAAGCUGUUGCAGCUCAAUGGAGACCCUGCUGUUAGAAAACACUUCAAUUUCAAAUGCUUUGACCUUCAAAUUGCUAGCGUACUGUGGUUAAUCAGUCAUAUAUAAUUAUGAAAUCCGUCCGUUAAUCUGUAACUCGCUGGUUGACUACAGACACGCUUUUACUGCCGAGUCAUAGUUCUCCGAUGGACGUAGUGGAGACGUUCCGACUUUCUCCUGAAGCUCUGCUUUCUUUCUGGCUUGUUUUAUGAUUGCUCCUUUUCUCUUGAGUUCAGAAACUCGACAUUCGAUUGGUUCUUCAAUCUGGAGAAGCGGGGUUUUCUCUUCUUUCUUUUCUGUCCGCUCUGGUUUUUAUUGCUCCUUUAAAAAGAUGGCUGUGCGGCUCUUUGAAGGGAAAGACCACGCAGUCUCUUACCUGCAGUACAGAGUGACGCCCCAUGAAAUGAUCAGCAAAAUUAUGAGCUACAUGGAGCAGAAGACACAGCAGCAGUACAAACUGGCCGUGGAUGUGGGCUGUGGUCCGGGGAAAUGGACAGUCCUUCUGGCUCCUUACUUCACUAGGGUGGUUGGAACGGACAUCAGCCAGGCUAUGGUAGAAAGAGCGCUAGCCAAAAGCCACCCACCAAACAUUUCAUUCAGACAUUGCCCUGCAGAGGAGAUGCCCUUCGCCUCAGGGGAGGUGGACCUUGUGACAGCCAUGACGGCGGCCCACUGGUUCGACCGGCCGCGGUUCCUCCAGGAGGUUGACAGGGUGCUCAGACCUGGAGGCUGCCUUGCUCUCCUGAGCUACACCAUGGACAUGAUCCUGGAAUACGGAGAAGUCUCAAAGGUCCUGAACAACAUCUGCCAAGAGUUCUAUGCUGCACUGCUUCCCUACCGUAGUUCUUAUUUAGGACCAAGCUCCAGGAAGAUUUACUCUGACAUGUUUAACUCCUGCUCUUACCCUGACAAAGAAUGGACUGAGUGCCAUCCAGUGAGAAGGACCCUUCCAGUGAGUGGAUUCAUAGGCAUGGUGGAGACGUUCUCCAGCUACCAGCAGCUGAAACAGAAGGACCCUUCUGAAGCUGAUCAUCUCUCCCACAGAAUCCUGACCAAGUUACUGACUGCCAUGAACGUGCCCUGUCCUGACACUGAAGUGAUGGUGAUCGUGAACUAUUUCGGCAUGCUGGCGUGCAAACCUUCAUCUGAAUGA